GAGUUGACCGGCUGGUUCUCCCUCUCCGCCCGGAGGAGGAGGAAGAGGAGGAAGAAGAGGCUUCGGCUGCCGCCUCUCCGAUCCUCCCUCCCCCCCCUUCCCCUUCCGCCCCACACCUUUAUGGACGAGCGCCGGAGCUUGCUCUACUCUCCCGCCGCCUCCUGCGCCGGUCGGCACCCGCGGGGCUCGAGCAGCAGCCACCACAACCUGGGCUACACCGAGCCCCCCGCCGCCCCCCAGCCCGGCCCCCAGCAGGAGGAGGAGGAGGGCGAGGAAGGCGAGGAAGGCAGCAUGACCGUGGUGGAAGGCGGCGGAGGAGACCCUUUGCUGGAAGAACCGCAGCCCCCUCCGGCGCUGCUCGGAGGGGAGCGCUACGAGCAGCCCCCGGCCCCGGCCCCGCCCGCCGGGCAGCCCGCGGGCGCUGGGGAGCACGAGUGCUGCGAGCGGGUGGUGAUCAACAUCUCGGGGCUGCGCUUUGAGACCCAGCUGAAGACGCUGGCACAGUUCCCUGAGACGCUGCUGGGGGACCCACGGAAGAGGAUGCGCUACUUCGACCCCCUGCGCAACGAGUAUUUCUUCGACCGCAACCGCCCCAGCUUUGAUGCCAUCCUCUACUACUACCAGUCGGGCGGGCGCAUCCGGCGGCCCGUCAACGUCCCCAUCGACAUCUUCUCCGAGGAGAUCCGCUUCUACCAGCUCGGGGAGGAGGCCAUGGAGAAGUUCCGGGAGGACGAGGGUUUCAUUCGGGAGGAGCAGCGGCCGCUUCCCGACAAGGAGUUUCAGCGCCAAGUGUGGCUCCUCUUCGAGUACCCUGAGAGCUCUGGGCCGGCCCGAGGCAUUGCCAUCGUCUCUGUCCUGGUCAUCCUUAUCUCUAUUGUCAUCUUCUGUCUGGAGACCCUGCCUGAAUUCAGGGAUGACCACGACUAUGAGGGAACUGGGGGGACCUUUGGGACGGGCGGUGGCCCACUCCCACCUGAAGUCUUCACCAACUCCUCGUCCUCGGCUGCUUCCAUGGUGUCAUCCUUCACUGACCCUUUCUUUGUGGUGGAGACUUUGUGCAUCAUCUGGUUCUCCUUCGAGCUGCUGGUCCGUUUCUUUGCCUGCAGCAAGGCCACCUUCUCCAAGAACAUCAUGAACAUCAUUGACAUUGUGGCCAUCAUUCCCUACUUCAUCACUCUGGGCACUGAGCUGGCGGAGAGGCAAGGCAAUGGCCAGCAAGCCAUGUCCUUGGCCAUCCUCCGAGUCAUCCGCUUGGUCCGGGUUUUCCGCAUCUUCAAGCUCUCCCGGCACUCCAAGGGGCUGCAGAUCCUGGGGCAGACCCUCAAGGCCAGCAUGCGGGAGCUGGGCCUGUUGAUAUUCUUCCUCUUCAUCGGCGUCAUCCUCUUCUCCAGCGCCGUUUACUUCGCCGAGGCCGAUGACCCCAGCUCGGGUUUCAGUAGCAUCCCCGAUGCCUUCUGGUGGGCCGUGGUGACCAUGACCACGGUGGGCUACGGGGACAUGCAUCCCAUCACUAUUGGGGGCAAGAUCGUGGGGUCUCUCUGUGCCAUUGCGGGGGUGCUGACCAUCGCCCUCCCCGUGCCUGUGAUAGUCUCCAAUUUCAAUUAUUUCUACCACCGGGAGACAGAAGGUGAGGAACAAGCCCAGUACCUGCACGUUGGGAGCUGCCAGCACCUCUCGUCCAGCGAGGAGAUGAAGAAGGCUCGCAGCAACUCCACCCUCAGCAAGUCCGAAUACAUGGUCAUCGAGGAAGGGGGGAUCAACCACAGUGCAUUCAAACAGGCUGCCUUCAAAGCAGGCAACUGCACAACCACAAACAAUCCCAACUGUGUGAACAUCAAAAAGAUCUUCACGGAUGUUUAAAAAAAAAAUCCCAAACCAAACAAACAGCAACAAAAACCUGAGGAUGCGGUAAAAUGAUACCAAUAAUAAUAAUAAUAACAAUAAUAAUGCAAAGUGACUGUGUGUCGGUGUUGUGUGGAACAUGCACCAUCGUCGGUCUGUGUGUGCCCUCGUUUUGAUAUGGGUUUUUUUUUAGAUCCUGCCUUUCUAAAGAUCCAAAAACAAAAGGAUUUAAAAUUCUCCAAAGAAGAGGACGGCUAAAGGGUAACAAGACAAGGAAGAUGAAGACAAACCACACUCACUGUCGAAACAGAUGUUCUGCAACGUGUUGCAGGGCAGCUUUGCUUUGUGGGGUUUUGGGGAUCCUCUCGCUUUGCUCCUGAAUUUCCUCCCCCUUUCCCUGAAGGCAGCGUGGAGCCGAUUUCCCUGCCGUCACAUAAGCUCAGUUGUUGGAUUAACAACCCCGGGUUGGGUGGGGGAAUGAGGAAAACAUGUAGCCGAGAGUACUGGGAGGGGGUUGGGAGGAAAUAACCGUUUAAUUUUGCAGAGAGUCUCUGUUACCACGUCGUUAAACGAUGCUUUAUAUUGAAUCCUGUCAUGUGCCAUUACGGGCACAUCACAGAUUCCAUUUUUUUUUUUCCCCAUUAGACUGUUGAUGAAAUUCUAAUCUGGUCAGAGACGGAGUGCAAUCAAUGCUGAUUUAAAUAGAAAAAAAACCCCAACCCAGAGCCCUUGUUUUUCGUUCUUAGUUCCCUUCCCGUGUAACCUGAUGGAAUUAUUCCAUCCAGUUUGAUCUGUGCAGAGGGGCUGCGUGUGGGGAGGAGGGAAGGGAAAGGCACAAUGCAAUGGUUUCGGGAGCUGAGAGAGAUGCCAGUGAGGACCAGGGGAUGCAGGAUCAUCUCUGGGCAGCCUCCAAACCCACCCAGCCAGAGACAAAGGGACGUUUCCUCCUUUUUUUGCAAUGCUUUUGGGAGAGAUGCAGCCUCUUCUCGCAAGAAGAUUAAAGCGGUGAGCACGCCUUCCAGCGGAAGUCACUGAUUCCAACCAGGAGUGAUGCAGUUGCCAUGGCGACCCUGGUUUCCUGGGAAACCCCAAAAGGUUGUCAUGGCAUCCCUGCUCCCAUCCCCCUUGGUCCUCGCUCUUCCUGCAAAAAACCUUUUUCCAGAUGGUUCCAGCCCUGCCAUCCCGCAGGACAUCGUGGCUUCACACCCCCUUCCUGGGCCACGUCCCCUGUGCCCAAUAAGGCCCCCCCAGGCAAUAAACACCUCCAAACCCACCUGUCCCUUGCUGAGGAGCAAUUUUGGCAGGGAAAUUUGGGGAUGGAGGUUCAUCCUGCUCCACCAAGAAUGACUCCAAACCCACUGGGAAACGGUCCUGAGCGGGAAGCUCGGCUGGGAAGCCUCAGCAGCUUUGGGAGACAAGGGGGACAGGAGAGAGCAGGACUGAAAAAUAACCAAAAACCCCACCAGGGAAAACUCACCACCUUCAUCUUCACGUGUGCACCAGGGGCCACGGGACAUCUGAAGGGAUCAGAUAACAGAAGACGUUUCAAAAUUACGACCUCCAGGACUGUGUUGAGAAAUAAAACAGCUCCAAGGAAAAGUCAAACAUCCUGGACAUGGUGACCAACGCUGCUGUGGACCAGACUGUCCUCCCCAGUUAAACCCAGUUCAUAUUCCAUAAAUACAUGAAUACCUAUGGAAUAUUUGCCAUCUUAUCCGUGUUAACAAGUGCUUCAUGUGGAAGGAAACAUCUCUGCAGCCAGAGGAUUGUCUCCAACUCAUGUGCAAUAUAACCAGACUGAGCAAAACCAGGGAAAAGGAGGAGGGGAGGUGGAAAUUUGGAGAUUAUUUCAGUCUGGUUUUAUUAUUAUUUUUAAAAAAAAUCACUUGAAAGUUUAAGCAAACAGAAAGGAAAGAUUAAGCAGAGCUGCUAAAGCUCAGUCGAAGUGUUUUGCUCGGAGUGGGAGGGAGAGAGGGAAUCCAGUUGCUCUCACUGUUCCCUGCUGAAGGCCACGGGCUGCUCUCAGCUCUUUCUGAAUAAUUUCUGUUCCAUUUUUCUCCCUUUCCUGUAAAUGCCCUUUAUAAGUAGUUCUGUGCUGUACCAAAGGCUGUGAUUUACUUUAAGUCCUUCUUAAGAAAGUAAUGUCUCCAGCAAUGCUGAGGAAAAUGAUGUUGAACAGUCAACAAGUUGUGCCUUGCUUUCAGGAUCACUCCAUGGAAAACCAAGGAAAAAUCGAAUUUCCAGAGGUGGAAAAGGUAUAAAAACAUGAAUCCUGGCUGAUCAUGCUCAUGCUUUGUUUCAUGAGAGCCUGGGUGUCCUUUUCUGCUCUUCCACAGGGAAUAUUAUAGUAUUCCCUCACUUGGGAAGUCCAUUCCUCCUUUGCCCAUUCCUGUUUCGUUUUGCACACUGAGGUUUUGGGUGGCAGGUUUAGAGCUGUGGGUUGCCCGUGCUGGGCUGGGAAGCUGUUAAACCUGGGGUUUCUCUGACCUCACUGCAUUUCUUAGAACUGCAGGGAUCAAUGUUAUCCUGGUGCAGCAGGAUAAGUGGUCUGCAAAGGGAUAAAUCAUCUGCAAAGGGAUAAAUGGAAACAGUUGAUGUCCCUCCUGCUUCUGGCUCCCCCCCUCUCCCUCUCCAGCUUUAUCCCACCUCCUGAUGCUGCCUCUUCCAUCUUGGAGACUCAAAUCUGCCCAGCACAUACUCAGUCAGAGAAGCAAGGAAACACUUGCAAGAGUGUUGGAUUUAAGGGUGAGAAUAAUGUUGGUGGGACUCAGAUGAGCACAGGAACCUCUGUGUCUGCAGUGCUGUAACUCCCUGAAAUGGUUUGGGAAAUGUUAGUUUGGACUGGACGGAACCAAGGGAGUUGGAGCUUCCUCUGAAGAAGGGAAUGCUCAAGGGGAGGUAACAGGAGACAGAAUUAUGUCUGUGGAGCAGACUCUUGAGUUCAGGCUGAUGUGUCCAAGGACAAGCCGUGAGGUUUCUGCCAGGCACCUGGAAGGUUCAACAAGGACCACUCUGCCUGGAGGCAGCACCAAAACCUGAAUCCUGCCCCCAGCAGAGCUCUUUACCUGCAUUUCACACCAAAUUCCAGGCAGGGGAUGAGGAACAUCCACAGGAGGCACCUGUGACAUGCUUUGAGGCACAACCUGAGUGGGGAUGCACUUAAAAACAAACACCCUAACUGGAAGAAAGGCUCUGAAAUGGGAAAACUUUGGAAUAUUCAUGGCAAAGCAAACCUACUGUCUUCCUCACGUGUCUCCUCUCCUUGCGGAAGAGCUUUGAAGACAAACAGGAUCCAAGCAGGUUCAGGCUGGGAUUGCUCUGGACUUGCAGAAGAAGUCACCUUCCUUUUUGGCUGGCUGAGCCCCACAUGCAAACUCCAGCUGAAAUUCAGGUUGAGAAGUUCUCCUAAGGUUGAGAAAUGAUGUAGUUCUUAAAAGGAAUGCAUCAACUUUGGUGAAGCUGCAUUUAUUUUGUUUGUUUUUCUAAUCACAGAUAAUUCCUUGGCUUGAAUUCCUGCUCCUGUCAUGGCAUCAUUGGUGGUGGAGACCUUGCUCAUGGGAGAAGGGCUGGGGGGCCCAAAACCAGGAGUCUCUGGGGGCUAUGUGCAGGUACAGGGUGAGCAGGAUGGGCUGAAAUGGCAGGAAAAGAAAGAAAAAGGGAUAAACCCAGCAGUUUUAGUCAAUGUAAUGAGUUGGGGAAUGAAGAGCAGAUAUAGAUCUGGCUCUCAGUGGGACAUUGCUCCUCUUGCUCUUCCCAGCGUGGUGCAAACCUUGUGGCCCUGGGGCUGAAGGAAUGAGAGAGGGCUGGUGCUGCUGGCACUGGGAUUUACUGGGGGGGUUGGGGAGCAGGAAUGCUGGAGGAGCCCAUGGAGCAGGUCCCUGAGCUGGGCUGGGGAGCAGGAAUGCUGGAGGAGCCCAUGGAGCAGGUCCCUGAGCUGGGCUGGGGAGCAGGAACACUGGAGGAGCCCAUGGAGCAGGUCCCUGAGCUGGGCUGGGGAGCAGGAAUGCUGGAGGAGCCCAUGGAGCAGGUCCCUGAGCUGGGCUGGGGAGCAGGAAUGCUGGAAGAGCCCAUGGAGCAGGUCCUUGAGCCCAGGGAGAUGAGCUGGGGGUGCCAAGGUUCGACGGGGAUGCCGGAGAAUCCCAGAGGUGAAACAACCCCUGGUGGGAAAUGAAUCUGCCUGCACAAAUUAGAGCUGAUUAGAGCUGUGGCUCUCACUAACUCCAGUUUGGCCCUGCCCUGCCCUGAGGGGUGAUGGGGAGAGGGAGCUUCUCCAUGGGAUCCUCCAGCAAAUUUCCGUGCUGGCAAUUCCCCGUGGAUCUGGAAGGGCCUGCGAGUGGAUUGCAAAGCUUUCCAAACCUCCCUCCCAAGCAUCCCUCCCUGUCACUGCAGAGAAAAACUGUCCACCCAGCUUCCUGCAUCCCUCCAGCACCAAAAUUAAUUAAUGCUCAGACCAUAAAAACUCUGAGACCUAAAAAAAACCCUUAAAGAAAGACCAGGAAAAGUGCCCAGUGUUUGGAGGGUGAGGGCUGAGCCUGUUUCCAUCACUGGGAACCCUAAAUAACCACAGAUCUCUCUUCCCAAUUGCCACAGAUGCUGGGGCAGGUGGGAACUGGGAGUUUCUGGGACAUGUCACCUCCAAAACUCCUAAGGAGCUGCAAAACAUAUUUGUUUGCAGCCUCCCUGCAGCGUGAUGGGUUUGUAGUGAGAUCUUGACCUGCAAAGGAGACUGAACAGAAGCUUCUGCAACUCUGAAAUCAUGAGAGACUGGUCCAAAAACCACGCUGAUGGGUUUGGGCUGCAAACAGCCAAAGCCCCCAUAAAGGGGGCUUUGCCCACGGAGAUAAUGACAUAUUAACAGGGGGAGAUUGAUUUUCUGGAUUGCAACACAGACCUGGAUCUUGGGAAGCCCUGGUCCCAAAGGUGUUAUAUUUAGUUUCUUUUGGAACAUGAUCUAGUAGCCCUUAAAAUGGGGGAUAGAAUGUAUCGGUACUAAAGUUAUUUUUAUUUUUGAGCUUUUUUAUGGGGGGGGGUGUGUGUCUGUAACAUGAUUAUACCUCGUCUGUUUUCAACA